AUGGCUAACAAUAAUGGUCCAGCUGCUUCGAAUUCUCCAAGGAGACCAAUGUUUUCGUAUAUAUACAGCGAAUCAGUAAAUAUUACUGCUGAUAAUCAAGGUUUCCGCUAUCCUUAUUCAAUCAAAAAUAGGGACAAUAUUCUCAAGUCUGAUGUGGAUAAUGAUUUAAAGGCUACAAUAGACCAAAGAAAGAGUCAUUGUCGUUUACAGAAAGUCACUUUUACUUUUGUUCCGAGUAGAAAUGAUAAUUACCGUACAGUAACUUUUAAUGGUAGUGUUGAUGAGUUGCCUCUUGAAAAAAAUAAAUUGAAUGAUUUCAAAUAUUGUUAUGAAACUAAAAAUGGCAAUAUAUCGCAGCGUACAGUGAAUGUUGAACGUGAUUUUAGAAGAAGUGAUGCCCCUUGUAACCAAGAAAGAAC